UUUCCUGGCAUCUAUCAGUGCUCUGGGGAAAAGGCAAAUGUGCUAUGUCGUUUAAUCUAAAUAAUUACGGUUUGUGUUAUAACUCGUUGCAUGACAAAUUUGCGCAAGAAGCGUUUCCAUUAAAUUUGACAGUUUCCCGCAUGCAUUACAGCCCAAUGAUUUCACUAGUCCUACUGAGGUGACUGUGUUUAAUCCAUUUUUCAUGCGCACUGCCUUUUGAGUGUGGCUAUGUGCGUUUUAUGAAGCGCUCGGAGGUUCUUGACAACCAGCUUACGUCACGUGGUUCAUUUUAUACCUCAGUCUGGUGUAUUUUAACUUUUAAGGUGCCAUCAACUCUCAGUGCCGAACUGGCUGGGAAACGCGCAACACACAGCAUGUCCAAUAUCCCGAUCACACGGAUCUUAUCAAGGGCUUUGCUCGCCGAGGAAGUUCGCCAGGUCUGAUGUUUCCUCUCAAACCCACACCGGGGAGAGAAUGCGGUUUCUCAUUUAUACAACUUUCUUGGGAUUUUUACUCAAAACAGGUGCUGCGCUGCAGAUCCAGUGUUACCAGUGCGAGGAGGUCAAGCACAACGACUGCUCCACCCCCGAAUUCAUCGUCAACUGCACGGUCAACGUGCAGGACAUGUGCCAGAAGGAGGUGCUGGUGAAGGAGGAUGGUGUGCACUACCGCAAGUCCUGCGCCUCGUCGGGAGCCUGCCUGAUCGCCUCGUCCGGCUACCAGCAGUUCUGCACGGGCAAGCUGCACUCCGUCUGCAUCAGCUGCUGCAACACGCCGCUCUGCAACGGGCCCCGGCAGAAGAAGCGCCCCGUCCCGUCGUCCGCGGGGUCCCCCGCGCGCCCCUCCGCCGCCGCCCCGGGCCCGCUCCUCGUUUCGCUUGCGCUCGCACUCGCGCUCGCGCUACGCACGUAGAGGUCACGGCGACCUUGGACUGGCUUUUCGGUUAGGCUGACACCCGCAUGCAGGAGACGGAGCAUCGUUACGACAGUACGCCCUCGCGUUCCUUUGCUCCUUCGACCAAUUCGCUUUGUGGACUUGACCCCCUGCUGGGGUCCUAACUCCUGCCCUUAUUUUCUGCUUUGUGUUCCUGUGUGUGUAAAAAAAAAGAAAGAAAGAAAAAAAGGAAAAAAGAAAGAAAGGAAAAAUAGAAGAAAGAAAGAUAAAAAGCCUUAAUGCUCCUGAUUUUAUGAUUGGGUUAUGUGUCACAGAUACAGCUCUUUUAUCUCCAAGGGGAAAAUGUUUAAGUAUCAUGGAAAUAUGACCUUGUGAUAACUUUACAGUUAUAAAGUUGUGAUAGUAUACUGACAGGAGCUGAUUGGCAUUUCAAGUCCACACACUACUCGCAUACGUGGAUGCUGCUGUAUCUCCCAUUCAACACUUUUUCUGGGAGAUAUUUAAUGUUGCCCCUUUGCAGACAUUGAUUGACAUUUGCACUAGCAGGGAGGAAUAACUAGAGAUAGCAGACUUAAAUAUAGAAAAUCUAUAAAACGAUGAAAUCGGCAGAGUCCUUACGGUCCAUUCAUUUCAAUUGUUAUUGUGGGAAAUUUUAUUGAACAAAUGUCAAGUUCUAUUUAACGAAAGUAAAAACUCAGUAAAUAUAAUACCGAGUACAGAAAUGUAUUUUAGAUAAAAAAUUGAAUGUCUCAGCUCCCAUUGAGUGAGAAAUUUAUUGUAGACCAGGCUGCGUGCGCCAAUUUCAGCUACAGACGAAAAAGCUCAUCACGAGUUUGAGGAGUGUUUUCAUUUUGCACGGAGAUAACUGCCACCAGAUUGGCAGCUUUAAUUUAUUAUGACCUGGAAUCCACUUUGCCCAAGUGACAAGUUUGAGACUGAGUAGCUCACUGAAUCACAAGAAGAAGAGCCCGAAUGCUUUAGAGCUUUUAUAUUAUGUGCUAUUUGCGAGGAAAGAGAGGCUCUUCUGCAGAACAGUUUAUGACUUGGUCUGGAAAAUCAACUUUUUAUAAUAGGUUUUCUGAUGCUUAUUUUAUUUUGUUUCAUUUUCAAAUUGCGCUUGAUAUUUUGUAUGGCUGAGCAGUGUGAGCUGUUAUUGCAUUUCAGUGGGGAGAGCAAGCAACAGCCGCUUCCUUGAUUACUGCACAUGCACAUUCAGAAGCAUUUUAAUGUAAAUCCAUUAUUAUUUAUUAUGCUAUUCUAAUGUUCAUUCAGCACUAUGUACUGCUUAAAAAAAAAAAUAAAUAAAAAAUUAAAUGUAAAAUGAAAAACCCAGGGGAAAAGGAUAACAACUAACCCAUCAAAAUGUGAACUCUGUCAUUUGAAUUGGUUGCUCCAGUAAAGUGCACCCAGAAUUACUCCAUGUCAUUUAAAUCCUUUUAAUUUUCCGGUAAUAACUGCUAACAUUUACAGGAGUGACUUAGGUCCCACUACAUUAUGUUGUCUUGGUACCUUUUUUAAAUGCACUUUAACUGCAAAAGUAGGUAGUAUAUAACCAGCGGUGGUUGGUGAGCUGAAAAUUGGUGGGCCCAAAACUUUAAACUUGUCAUUGGCCUCAAUGUGAUUUCAUUAAAUUUCUUCGAAGUGUGCCAACGAUGUGACUAAUCGAUUGACAAGAAGCACACAGCUUUUUCACAUUGUGUCAGGGAGAUUAACUGACAAAUUCAAUUAGGAAAAAUCAGUUUUUAAUCACUAUAUGCACACUUAACGAAAUAAGAUACACCACUCGGUUAGCCCCCACGUUAGCUUUCAGCAUAACCUGCAAUAACAAAACCUGCAAUUCAAGAUUUUUUUGUCAUGAAUAUUCUCCUAGUGUGAAUGUGAAGAAGGAAGGAGUCUAUAUGUAUCCACAAAUAAGGUUAACAAAAUGUGCACAGUUUUGCAAUACAAAUAAAAAAAUAUAUUUUAUUACUUGCUAAAUGGCCUAAUUGAGGAGAGCUGGCUAUAUCUGAUGGUAUUGAAUGUUUCGUAAAUUAAUCGCUGUAUUUAUAAUCAAGGGAAAUGGCUGACAACAGAUCAAGACCAAUAAUCAGUUUAAGGGGUAUUUUCUGCCCCACUAAUUUUAAGCUCACCAUCCACCGCUGAAUUUAACAGUGUAUUACACAUUGUUACAUUAUUGUUAAUUGUAAGAUAAAAUAAUACAUAUGUAUAUCUUGAUUGACUUUGAGAGGAUGAAGAACGCAGAUCAGCUAGUAGACUACAGACUGCAGUAGAAGCAAAAGCUUGAAAUACAGCAGCAAACAGGCUUUACAGUUAAAUACACUGGCCUUAGGGCCACUUGGUGUGAAUUUUUAUAUGCUUGUUAUGAGCAAUCGAACAUCUCCCCAGGUCCUAUUUUCUCAGAACUAGGACGCUGAACUGUGGUCACUGUCUUUUGGCCUCUUCAGCGUGCGUCUGCAACAAGCAGGCCUUGUCUGUCCAGCCCCAGUUUAGAUGCUCCACCAUUAUUUCUAGUAAGAAAUAAAACCAUUAUUUCUUACUAUGGCUACCCUAGCCGUGGUGUGUUAAUAUGUGAAGAACGAGUGAUCGCUUUACGAUGGUUGAAUUACAAAGGAACUUUGGAGACCCCGCUUUUUGAGUAACAUUGUACACACGCAAUGUAAUGAAAGGGGCAGCAGCAUCACUUCCUGUAAGGACUCCUCUGCUUGGUGAAAUGUGUCGUUCUAAUCUAUUUGUGAUUCAAAGAAUUAUUAAAAUUUUUAUUUAUGUAUUUAUUGCUAAAUGUCACUUCUGUUAAGACGCCAAUAAAACCAUAGAGACGGCAUGAGAAAAAUGAUGACUAUAUACCAAUGCAUAUGAACAUGAGGGGCAUAUAUGUGUACAGUGUGGGUUUCAUACUGUAGUCAGUGCGGCCAAACUACUCCUUCUCAUUGGAGGAACCGACGGCGUGUUCGGGUUCGAGCGUCAAGCUUUCUGACACUGUGGUGCUCGGUAGAGUGGUGCUCUGCAGCGACGAGUCAUCGGAGUUCGGGGGGCACGAGGGGGCGGGCCCAGGGCUUUGGAACGUGACCAGGGUGAUGGGUUUGUCCUCCGCGCGGGUGGACCGCCCGCGUCGCAGAGACUUGAGCACCAGGGGGCGCCUCGAGUGGGUGGAGCCGGCGGCGGCGGAGGAGGCCACGCCCGCCAGGGUGCGCUUGUUGACGUGCUCGAUGGUCAGGCGGCACCGCAGGACCUGCAGGAAGACCUGGCGGAACUGGCGGGACGAGAGGUUGUAGAGGAAGGGGUUGAGCACCGAGCUGACGUAGAAGAAGGUGUCGGCGACCGGGUGGAGGUACACGUAGGCCUGGAAGUAGGCCAUGGUCCAGCUGGCCUUCGGCAGGGCCGCCGUCAUCAGCCGACGGAUCUGGUUGGGGAUCCAGCACACGGCGAGAGUGCCCACGAUUAGGCCUGCACGGGGGAAAGACAAACGACCAGGUUAUAGCCAGAGAGCAAUGACAAAUAUAUUGGGGCUAUUAUUGAGGGGAGGAUGGUGCGAAAAUGAUUGACCUCAGAAUUCACUCAAGGACCCAAUGAAAAAUGACAGACUGUCAAACAAGGGGGGGGGGGGGGAAGAGCGUUCCUCAAGUCAUGAAAUGAUCUAUUUCAGCGUGUAUUUUUAUAUUUAUAAUUAAUGGAAAAGGUCCACUGUAUGGUUUAUUUCUUUCCUUGAUGUCACUAUUUCUCGCGCUGUUCCUUUAAUCAGAAUCAUUUCUGCAAUCUUUUUCAAAUCACGUAUUUGGCGCUUUACAAUAUUCAUAUUCUAUUCUAUUUUUUUUUUUUUUUUUUUUUUUUUGUCAGCGCAGUGCUAUCUCUGUUAUUUUACUGCUUUGUGAUUGGGAAGUGAAGUUCUGCACUGUGUGAAAAUGUUAUCACCAUAAGCCAGUCCCAAGGAGACAGAGGAAUUAUAAAGGCUGUUAUUAUGAAAGGCAAUCAUUUUAUGACAUAAACGGCAUACAGCAGCUUAAUUAAAUGUAUAUAUUAUCAGACUAAAUAUCAUUCUGGGUCUUGCUUUUACAUUAUAAAAGCAAGAAAAAAUUAAAUAAGCAGGUUAUGAUUUAAGGAUUGACUCAUAAGACAAAAUGAAACCAGAAAUAUAACAAAACUCCCAAAUCUACAGUAUUCAUGGUCUAACAGUCCUAUUGAUCUAUUUUUGGGAUGAAUUAUGUAUUUUAACUGUUCUGACGAUUCUUAUAAAAAUGUGAGAUAGUGAAUCCACCAGAAGCUACUGUAUUAGAAAGUUGAAAAGGACAAAUUACUGGGUGAUGGCAUUUAUUUCUAUCCUUAUUUAUUUAUUUUCAAUGGGUUACUUUGAUUGGUCUUCUGUGAAGAGUCACUGUAUUCAGCAAAUAGGAAGUAUAAAUAAAGACGUGCAGCAAAAAAAAGAAGCUGUAUCAACCAUAUGUGUAAACAUUAAUGGAUGCAGUGUUUUCAUGUUUUAAUAAAAAUAAAAAAAAGUCUGUCAUUAUUUUA